AUGGUCUUGGUGCCAUAUCUUAAAGCUGGCAGAGGGCCUAUAAAGGUGGAUCUAGNUCUUAAAUGGUCUGAACUGAACUUCGUAAAAGUGCAAUUUGUGGGUGAGGCUGGGGUUGACCAGGGAGGGCCCAAAAGAGAAUUCUUUUCCUUAAUCCAUAAAGAAUUAUAUUAUUCAUCUUUGUUUGUUGGAGAAGAAGGAAAUGGUAAAAUCUUUGGACAUAAUCUAAUUGCACUUCAGCAAAAUGAUUACUUCAAGUAUGGUUUAUGUUGUGGUUUGGCCAUUGUUAAUGGUAGUGGGGGUCCCCAGUUUUUCUGUCCACCAGUUGUGGACUAUCUUUUACAUGGUGAUGUUAAGCAUGUUAAGAGCAAUAUCGACAGUAUUCCCAAUAAAGAUGUAAAAGGAAAGUUGAAAGAACUAAAUAGUGUAGAUGACCCAAAGUUAUUUGAAGAGAAAGCUAACUCUUAUUACAGUGAAUCAUUUUAUGAUAUGGGCUAUACCAAAGCAAUAGUCUUUUCCAAUAAGGCCAAGUUUUUAACAGCUGCCACAAUCCAUUACACUUUAACACCUUCUCUUGGUGAAAUGAAUCAGUUUAUUGAUGGGUUAAACGCAGUUGGGAUUUUACAUAUGCUGAGGAAUCACCCCACUGAGGCAAGGAAUAUAUUUGAAUUUUCUAGUAGUACUUUAAAUACAGAAUUAAUAGAUGGCCUAUUUACUGUCAAGUUAGCUCCUGAAGGAAGCAACAAAAGUGAAAAAGAAAAGACCAUUUUUUUUUAUUGGAACCAAUUGUUGGAAGAUGUUGAACAAGGUCUUGUUAAGAAUGAGGUCUAUGAUAGUAGUACUGAUUCCUAUGUUACAGUAAAUGAUGGGACUACCGCUGGCCACAUACUGAGGACUCAUUAGGACCGCUGACCUGUGCUAGUCAGCCAGAUCGUUUCGGACACUAAAACUCAUGAGCAUCAACAAAUACCUUGCCAAUUGAACUUAUUAGCGUAAGUCUAUUAUAUUGUGUUUUGUUUAGUUUAAUAGUUCGCAUUACUUAGUGUUUGGAUUUUGUGAUUUAUCCUGUAGAUCUGUUUCAUCGUUGUGAUUAAACCAAAUCAAUCGAGGAGUUCGCUUCAGUAAAUAUUUCUCUUGAAGGUAUAUUAGCAUUUUUAACAAGGAGUAGGAGUAUCCCUCCGUUAGGUUUACAUCCCAGGCCUUCAAUUGUUUUCAUACACGAGGGGAAU